UUCAGGUUCACCGUCUUUAAUGCCACCACGUCUCUCGCUACUGGUGUACUCCAGAACUAGAAUACUGCAUAUGCCUCCCUGAUGCAGACAUUGGGAACUCCACGCUACACAGUCCCAUGGUUCGGCAGGCUGAAACCCACUCAGCAGAGAGCAUAUAGCAGACGGCGUGCUUCAGCCUGCACCAUCCGCUAUGAAUGGCAACAGUAGCUCUCCUGCGUCGCAAGAGCAAGGCAGUAGUCGGCGAAGAACGCUGAGAAGCUACCGAAACCGCGAAGAAGGCGGUGGGUGCGAUAACGAGGCAGCAGCAAAUGCUUCAAACCAGCGCCCACAGCCUCCACGUCGCCGCAGUACAAGACCACGCCUCGAGCCCUCCUUCACUGACACUGCCGAUGCGAUUCUGACGUCGUCGUCCUCGACAGCACCAGCGCCCAUCGAGCCUGCAACUACCACGAAUACUAACGCUACCCUUCACUCUGAAUCGUCUUCACGCGGCCGCGACCGAAGGUUCAGCUUGUUCUCGCGCGACACCCAGCCAAGAAGAGGAAGAGACUCAGCUGUUGGUUCGCCUUCGCGUGGAGAUCUUUCUCCCACGAGAAACAGCUUCGGGGUGGACGGCGCGCCUGAAUUGUCUCCGUACGAGAUCGACCUUUCGAUAGCUUUGGAAGACGGCCUACUCGAAGACAAUCUACUUCAGAAUAACACUAUCAGCUCUCUGCGCCGUGCGCAUCUACGGCGGCGGACUUCUGUAUCACAUCCAGAGGCUUCAGCACCGCAAAGACUACAAACGGACGCUGACCUUUCCGUGUAUCCCCUUGACAACCUCGACAGCUACGGUUCCGCCCACGCGAGCGGUGCGAACAUGUUCGAGCGCUGGAGAGCAGGUCCAGGAGACUCCUUCGGUCGGUCAUAUCACACAAUGGGCGGAUCAUCGAAACGGUCAAGAGACAAAUUUGAGCAUGACGAUGGGAAAGACCUGCUUAACACUCUGAAAAGACAUGGUGCGGUGACCGCUAUGCUCUAUCAUUCUGCGGAACCGGAUCCUGAGGCGAAUGACAUUUGGCCCAAUUUUCGCAACACAGCGAAGCUACCCGCCCGUUACUCUGUAAUCGAUGUGAGCCGGAGCUCGCCUGAAGCCAAUGCAUUCAAUGGACGACCACAAGUUGCUACUCAGAGUAGGUAUGAACUUCGAGGACAAACGAGCGUCUUGGGUGUGCAAUCUCCGAAACCAAUAGAUCCAUGUUCCCCAGUCGCUCCCAGCAACGGACGUCCGCUAUGGCAGCUUCCUGUCGAGCUUGUGGAACAGAUCAUUGAGCAUCUCAACCGAGAUGACAUCAAAUCUCUCCGUCUGGUUAGCCGUGAGCUCAACGACUACACCUCACAAGCUGCCUUCAAGACAGCCGUCGUUCCCUUCAACACUGAGAUCUACGGUAUGCUGGGACAAGAACCGACCCCCGAUCGGAAGGGCAAAAAACGUGCAAAGAUCAGCAGGCCAGAAUACUGGUGGAAGAACGCUAAUGGCGACGAAGUAUACAACGGUCAUGGUCUUGACGUCUUUCGCGGGUUCGGGAGACACAUCCUCAGGUAUGGGAUGAGCUUCGAGGUGAACGAGGACUCUCUGUCUGCACCUCCUCUGAAAUCUGUCACAGAACAGAAGACCAGCUUUUGGGGAAACUACGAAUGGCCAUUUGAGGAGUAUCGGCGGUUUGAUGCUGUCGCUGGUCUCGAGUCUGCAGCUGAUGAGACGCCGCGGAUGAAGACCGCGUUCUCAGAGCUCACUAAAGUCAAGGAACUCGCGCUUUCUGCCGACAGUGGCCUCGGAUGGCUAAAUGGUCCAGAUCGGUCAAUACGCGCACGUAUCCUGCAAACGUCGCCCGGUAUAUUUGGGUCUCGACAAAAUGUCCCAGACCGUCGUACGCAAGCCCAACAUGAGCUCUGGAAUUACAUUGAACUCAUGCAUGCUCGCGCAGGGGAAGACAUCCGCACAGCAUCGCUCUACCGAUUGGAAGGCGCGCGCCCUAUGACUGAAGCUCAAGAAGCUAAUUUGCUGGCUGCGGCUCAACCAAGCCUGCCAUUUUUGGACUCUCACGUUCCGCACGAAGCUACACCUCAUGACGCCGCUGACUCUGUCCUUUCACAACCACUCGAAGAUCCUGAUAUGCUUGUUCGGCAGGCCUUAGGGUCGUCUUCUGCCAAUGCCGGCGUGUUGUUUACCAGUACAACAUUGCAACACAGUGACGCCGCGCAAGUCUUGAGCCCCAUCGUACCCGCCACUUUGUCUAAGGCUCAGAAAGAAUGGCUUCUCGAAACAGAGUGGGCACAACGCGCAUUCCUGUCCUCCUACAUGCUCUCCAUUAUCGACAAUCGGACCACAUUUGAAUCAAUACAUACCCUCAACAUAUCUAGCCUGUCCGACCGCUACGUCUCUAUGCUAAAUCGUGCAGACUUUUGGAGUUCGUUACCUAGCCUGAAAGAUGUUACCUUGAUGGUCGUGCCAGGUUGGAGGACAGUGGAAAAGGAUGAAGCUGGCUUUGUCGAUACACCGAGAGUGGAUCCGACAGGUCAAAUCGACACUUUCUGCGCGCUUCUGCAAGCUCAGGUAGCUCGAAGAUCCGAGAUCACCAAGUUGACGAUCGGGUUUACCGCAGGUGGCGAGCAUGCAGAAGGAUUGCACGCGAGAAACAAGCUCCUGAUGCCAGCACCAUUACUGCCGCUAAAAGCUCGUGUACAUGCAGAUCCCACGCUUCUACCGAUUGAGACAGCUACGGUGCAAGAAGCCAGCACGCUUCGACAAGCUCUGUUACGCCUCCCACAUCUGGAAGAGCUGACAGUGCGUAAUUGCUGGAUCACUCCAGCUGCCCUUGUGCAAUUUGUUAAGGUUCACGAUGGAUGUGCUCUCAAACAUUUGACUCUGGAUUCUGUAUCAUUGACAGCUAUACUACGACCCCACGGAAAUGCGCAAGCUGCGCAUGCCGCCCAGCAGCCCAUUCCGCAAAACGCUGCUGUGGCUCAGCAGAUGGCAGGAGCAUUGUGGGCACACGCCAACAACAAUUUUGGCGGUAAUGUAGCUCCAGGGAACCACCAACCGGUGAACAAUCAAGUGCUGAAUAUGUACAUUCAGACACUGAUUGUUCAGCUUCAGAACAUGCAAGCCAAUGGUGGUGGCAUGCAGCAACAGCACCACAUUCAUGCUUUACAGGCUCAGUUACAACAGCAAUUGCAGAACGCCCAGGCUCCGACUCCACAGCAGCCACAAGGCCAUGUAUUGCCUUUCACACAGAAUCCAUUGCAGCAAAAUCAGCAAGCUCAGCAGCAGCACAAUGUCGCCCAAAUGAUGCAUCUCAACCACCCUGCUACUCAAGUUAACUUCCUGCAACACGCAAUGGCGAAUCAAAAUGCACCUGCCGCUGCUCCCACAAACAAUGCCACCGGUAGCGCCAACUCUGUGCUUAAAACGCGACCCCGCGAAGGCUCGUGGAUGGACAUCAUCGACCAAAUCUCCCCCGGCACCAACCUAUCCGACUUCGACUCCCCACACUCCCAAGCCGACCGCAACCGCACCACUUCCCUCACAUCAAUUUCUUUCAAGUCCUGCGGCUAUGCAAAGCUACCCCACUUCGGCCUCGGGGUCGACCAAACCGCCAUCGAAGCAGGGAACGGCUUCGUAGCUGCACUACGCAACCCCAUCUUCACGAAACGCUACAACGCGCUGUCGCCGGCGAUGCUGAGCUCUAAGUGGCCCUUCCUCGGCGAAAUCAUCCAGGAGGUCGAUCUCAGCGAGCUCGCUGCGCUGAACGCUGGGUGGAAUCUGAAGCAUGGCUGGGAAGACGCUGAGGCCGCGCGGGCUGUGGAGUUCGAUGGUCUACUGAGCGGCGGUACAGGCAGAUUCACGGGCAAAGUGCAGCGCUCAGAUAGAGUUGACACUGCGACGGAGUCUGCGAGUUAGUUGUGCCGUUGACGGUCUUUCUGGUUUCUUUGCUUGCUAACAUGGCUACUGCAGAUACGCAGGCGUUGGCGAAGACGAUGGAGAAUAUGACUCUAGCUUAUUAGCGUUAUCUAUACAUGGCACCGCCCUGGUGGAUCACGCUAUGGCCAUGCGGUUCUACUUCUGUGGCCCCGCGAUGUUUGCGUCAAUCUAUAUCAGUGGCAAAUGCAUAUCCAGUAGCAUUAAAAUAUACUAUCAAGCUGCUUUCGCGGAUGUAUCAC